GGGAGCGGAGCUCGCUGCAGUAACGACAGAAAUAGAGCUGCGAGAGCGGCAUGCGGAUCUCUUUUUCACCGCGCACCAGGGAGGAUGGAUGUCCUGGGGGACGGAGCACCCACACACCUUCCCCUUCCGAAGCACAUUUUGGAUGUAUGGCUCAUUGUCCUACUCAUCCUGGUCACCGUUGUGAUCAUGACAUCCCUGGUGUUGUGCCCAGCAACAGCUGUGAUCAUUUACAGAGUCCGGACCCACCCUAUACAUAACGAAGUCGUGUGAGAGUUGCCUCCUUGCUAUUUUGGCUUUACUUUUGAGAAAUAUGGUCUAAAGGGCAACAGGGAAAGCCAUCAAUUGUUCGGGCCGUCUACACUAUUGGGCCGGGCUCCGAGGAGGCAACAGAGGAGGGCUAACAAGGACAUGGGAGCAACAGCAACACUUAGACCAGCCUUCCCCAAUCUGGUGCACUCCAGGCAUUUUGGACUUCCACUCCCAUCAGCCCCAGCCACCAUGAUCAAUGGUCAGGAAUGCUGAGUCAUACAUCUGGAGGGCAACAGGUUGGGGAAGACUCACAUAGACUUUGCUUUCAAGAUGAGACUGCUACAGGUCACAAGACGCUUCCUGGAAGUCUGGUUAUCCACUCAGACGUUGACUUCGUUUACGUAGCUGUCAAGGCCAGGACUUUAUUCCCACUUGUGGAAUCCACUCAGCUUUGUACAAGAUUCCAGAUUGUUCCUGUCUUGGUUUCUUGGUGUGUACUUUAAUUGAAGUGGUUCUUCGUGUUUACUGAGCAAACUGUUCCAAAGGACCAAAGAGACAGCAGGAUCAGGUGCCAGAAGAGAAGCAUGACAUGUCUAAUAACAAAAGCCCUUCAAACUGUUUCCAGAUCUGGCUGCUGUGAGAGAGCACGCGGCUUUGCCUAUUCCAGACAGCAUGUUGUCUUUUUCUCUCUCUCCUAAGAACCAGUUGGAGGAAUGCUUGUCUUUCCUCCAACAUCCCACCAAUAAUGCAAAUACCAGUCGCUAAAAAUGGAAAUCAUGGAGAAGUGAGCAGGGCCGGUCCUACCAUUAGGCCAAGUGAG